CAGGAAAUGUCCAGUGACCUAUAAAGGUCUGGUGAAGGGAGUCUUGAGUUACUUGCACUCUCAUCACCUGAGGAAAGGUCCAACCAUGAAAUUCUAUAUGGCAGCCAUUCUUGCCAUUGCUUUCCUUGAGCUCUUCAGUGUAUGCAUUAUAAGAGGUAUGUGUGUGAUUUUAUUUUUCUAUUCAGCAGCAGCAUCCAAAUUGCUAUUUGGGGUAAAAUCCUUACAUUGUUUUAGAUAGUGGCAAAACAGCUUUCAGUGCUGCCAGAACCCUAAUCCAUUUUAUUGUGUAUCCAGUUCCCGAAACAGAUACAAGGUCUUGUUUUAUGGAUGAUGUUAAAGUAUAACAUAUGUGUGUGCAGGUGGAGAUGGGGAGAAGUUAAAUUUGCUUCAAAUAUAAAGGAGAGCCUCCCUAAUUUGCACAUUCCAAUUCAAUAGGUCAAGUGAAAAAGACACCCUUUGAAAUACUCUGGAUUUUUGCAAUGCAGUUCCCCGAUGCAGUGCAAAAAUGGACAUGCUGGGAUAAAGUGUGCAUAAAAUGCCUAUAUUAGCAAAAACAACAUACAAAAAUAUGUUUUGUUGGGGAAAAUAGGUUUGCAAGAUGUGUAUAUUAGGCAAAACCACAUAGUAAAUGUGCAUAAUAUGAGAAAUUAUCCUUAAAGUGAUGGCGAAUUUUCAUGAGAACUUUAAAAAAAAAGCAAACUGCUAUAGAAAUGUAGAAGACUGAACUUAAGACUGGAAAAAUUAGAAACUAAGCAAAACCAAAAUUGACAUAUUUGUUGAUUCCAGGUGUGGCAACUGUCUACUGAUUGUGUUGCAUCCCUGAAGCAUUUCCAUCUUUGUGGAAGAUACAAUCACAUUCUGUUGUUCUUAUUAUCCACAUUUUUGUUGUGAUCAUAGAAUCAUAGAAUCAUAGAAUUGUAGAGUUGGCAGGGAUCCCAACUCUACAAUUCCUCAUACGGCUUGGUUUCCAGACCCUUGACCAUGACAACCUGUUUGCCCCUUUAAACGUGUGCCAGGUGCUUUCUGUUCUUUCAGCUGGGUCCAGAGCUCCCUUAUAUUCAACAAAAAGGGUUCUGGGCAUAGCUGAUACUGAGCAACAUACUCUGAUGAGAACAUGAACCACCUCUCUGCUUCUUGAUGCAAUUUCAAACUUCCUCUUCCAGACUGGUAAUCUGCAAUGGAUUGCACAUCACAUGGUGGGAUUAUACUUUAAGGAAAACAAAAAAUAAAAUAAAAGUGAAAGCUUCAUUUCCCCCCUCCUAUUUUAUGUCUUUUUAAGGAAGCCUUGGGUCUCAGACCAGGCCACGAAGUGUCUGUGAGGGGUAUCAUGAAAAACCAAUCAAGAAGCAAAGAGUUGUUGAUUACGAGAAGCUGGAACAUGGACUAGCGAAAGACGCGAUGUGAGUAUCUGUUUGCUAUUAUUUUGGCAUAUUCUUGUGGCCUUAUAAUGAUUUAGGUCAUAUACAGCCAGAGGAAUUCUUAUGAACAUCAAAAGGGGGACAGCUGAGUGGCGAAUGGCAGACUCUCAUGCCAUCCUAGAAUGCACUUAAAGGAUAGGCAAGCAUUCAACACCAGUGACCCAACCAUGGGACCUUACUCGGGGCUUACCUCUAUAAAUCAAAUAGUCCCUUCCUCCAAAAUGUUUACCAGGCAUGUGACAUUUCACUAAUUCCUACUAAAUAAGUGCUGACUAUACAGAUUCUUAAAGGGACGCGGGUGGCGCUGUGGGUUAAACCACAGAGACUAGGACAUGCCGAUCAGAAGGUCGGAGGUUCGAAUCCCCGCGACGGGGUGAGCUCCCGUUGCUCGGUCCCUGCUCCUGCCAACCUAGCAGUUCGAAAGCACGUCAAAGUGCAAGUAGAUAAAUAGGUACUGCUCCGGCGGGAAGGUAAAUGGCGUUUUCAUGCGCUGCUCUGGUUUGCCAGAAGCGGCUUAGUCAUGCUGGCCACAUGACCGGCUCCCUUGUACGCCGGCUCCCUUGGCCAAUAAAGCGAGAUGAGCGCCGCAACCCCAGAGUUGGUCAUGACUGGACCUAAUGGUCAGGGGUCCCUUUACCUUUAUACAGAUUCUUAUUAACUCUUACAAGUAUAGUUAUAAAUCAAUCUUAUAUUAUAAAGAUCAGGUCCAGGCCUUGUUAGCACUUAUCCUAGCGCACUUAAGCAGUGAUUGCUAACAUCAGCUUAUCUCAUACGAUCACAGCUCUCUUCUGCAAUGUAACGCUAGGGUAUAUUGUCUAGUCUUCAACUGUAAAGUAGCAAGUAAGCUGGGGAGGGGAUUCAUUCCAUGAGGAAAAACAAAGGGUUAAUAAUAGGUAAUAUUAGAGCAGUGUAUAUAUGUGUGAUAGAGAAGACUCAGGAGGGUGAUUACCUCAUAACGCAAGCAUUGGUUCCACCUUUGCAUGUGCCAUGUAUCUGUGGUGGCUAGGCAUCAUGGGAGUUGUAGUUCCCAUAAUGUUCAAGCAUCUUGAAUGGCUGCCAUAUAUGCAUGGAAAUGUUCAAGGUCUCAGAGAAAGAACAUAAGAAAAACUAAAACUAGACCUUGCUGAGCCGGACUAAAGUUCAUUUAGACCAGCAUUAUAUUUUUAAGACCACUUUCCCCUUGCAAGCACAUCCCCACACAAAGCUGCUUUCCCCCAUAAUGUGACAAACAUGCAUUCAAGCUACAGGUAGAAUAGCCUUCCCUCACCUGGUACCCUCCAGAUGUUUUGGACUAUAAACAAGAAUAUAAGCCACAUAACUUAUUUGCACUGGCUUGCCUUUUGUUGUCUUGCAGAUUAACAUUAAGAGAUGGUUCCAGGGUCUGUGUGAAACUUGAACGUCCCUGGGUGAAGAACAUCAUUCACUAUGUGGACAGGAAAAAAAAGUCCACAGAACCACAAUGAGCAUAUCUAGUCCUCAGCUCAUGACCAGCUAGACUUCAGCAUGUCAGAAAGAAAAUGAAUUGAUAUUGAUUUAUAUAUAUCUCAGUAACUUUGCAUUAAUGUACCAUUUUUAUAUGUUACUGUGUAUUUUUGCAAUAUUUUAUUUAACUUGUCUGUUAUUGCUUCUGUUUUCUGUACACCGCUUAGAGAUAUCUUUAAUAAACUAUGCAGUAUAGAAAUUAAAUAAUCAAUAAUCAAACAAUGUCGAACCACCAGCUCACUAUUAUUACUACCUGUGGACCGGGAAAUAUAGUUUCUGAAACAACAUAGUUUGGAAUGCCUUCCUCCAGUCAAGCAAAGCCGAGUGAACACAGGCCAUGGACUGCUGCCUUUCGUCUUAAUUGCUUUCGUAUUCUUUAUUUAUAAUUAUUAUAAGACGUCAGCUCAUUCAAUAAUUUCAAUUUUAGCUAGCUGUGGGUUAAACCACAGAGCCUAGGGCUUGCCAAUCAGAAGGUUGGCGGUUCGAAUCCGCGCGACGGGGUGAGCUCCCGUUGCUUUGUCCCUGCGCCUGCCAACCUAGCAGUUCAAAAGCACGUCAAAGUGCAAGUAGAUAAAUAGGUACCACUCCAGCGGGAAGGUAAACGGCGUUUCCAUGCGCUGCUCUGGUUCGCCAGAAGAGGCUUAGUCAUGCUGGCCACAUGACCCGGAAGCUGUACAUCGGCUCCCUCGGCCAGUAAAGCGAGAUGAGCACCGCAACCCCAGAGUUGGCCACGACUGGAACUAAUGGUCAGGGGUCCCUUUACCUUUACCUUUUACAGGGCACACCAAAGGGAAUGAUGAUAGCUCAGUGGUAGAGCAUACGUCUUGGAAGCAGAAGGUCCCAGGUUCAAUUUCUGGCACUUCCUGAAACCAUGGAGAGUUUCUGCCAGUCUGUGUAGACAAUGCUUAGCUAGACAGACCAAUAUAUGAUCAUUUUCUAUGCUCUUAUCCCUCCCAGAUCUAAUCCCUGAUCAUUUCCAUAUUUUAUAUAAUCUGUCGUAUUGUUGCACCCUGAUUAUGGCACUCCUUUCCUAGAGAAGCCUGCCUAGCACUUUCUUUGUCAUCCUCGAGACACCACACAGAUAUUUUUCAUUCUGCCAGGCCUUUUGGUUUUUUGGUUCACAUACUGCUGUUUUAACAAUGUUGCAAUUUUACUGUUGUUUUUAUUGUAUUUUUAUUGUAUUUUAUUGUAUACUGACCUGAGAUCAUUUUUGUUGAUGCAAAGUGUAUAUAAUACCUACAUGAAUGAAUAAAUAAAUAAAUAUGGGGUCCCCCCACAGUUCAGGAU